GUGGCGGCCCCCAGAUGGUCAGCACUGGGCUAGAGGGAUAGCACAGCCGGAAAGCUGUUUGCAUUGUGUGUGGCCGAUCCCCGACAUCCCAUAUGGUCCCCCAAACCCCUCCAGAAGAGAUCCCUGAUCCAUUGUGGCCCAAACCCUCACCCCCACCACCAAAAACAAUCUGAGCAGGGUUGGACCCAAGCAGAGAAGCGGUGGGCCAGGAAGGUGGGGGCCCUUGCUCAAGGAUCCUUCCCCUAAAGCAGAGAGGAGGGAGGGCUAGAGUGAUAGCACAUCAAGGGAAGGUGUUUGCCUUGCACGUGGCUGACAUGGGUUCGAUUCCCAGCAUUCCAUAUGGUCCCCUGAGCACCGGAGUACUUCCUGAGUACAGAGCCAGGAGUAACCCCUGUGCAUCGCCGGGUGUGACCCAAAAAGCAAAAAAAAAAAAAAAGGGAGAGAGGAAGGAGUAUGGGGGCAGGGCAGGCCCUUCACACCCCCCCCCCCCCCCCGCACUCUGGGCUACUUUGGGCUGGGAAGGGGCCGGAUUGUAGGACUCGGAAGCUGAGUGCUGGAAUCCGGGCACCGGGGGUCCUAGAGCCAGGUUCGUGCAGGAGAUGUGGGGUUCAGAGUUGGGCUCGUGGCCCCAGGGCUGAGGCUGGCUCAGGGAGUGAGGCCUGUGAGGCGGCAGCGGGCAGGGCAGUGAGCCCCCCUGGCCCUGUGUGAGGUGGGGCUGGUUGCUGGGUGACGGGCCACCCACCUGCUGCCUGCCCUGUGCCCGCGGGGCUGCCCACUGCAAGCAGGCCCUGCUCCUGCCGCCAUGGCGCGCGUGCUCUUCAUGGAUACCGUGCGGCAGAACUUCUGGAAGGAAGAAUACCAGAAGGAGAAGGCCUCGCGCUGUGACUGGUACCGCAAGUACGGGCCGAUGGUGAAGGCCAGGCAGAAGGCCCGGGCCGCGGCCCGCCUGCCCCUGCGGCUGCCCGUCCUACCCCCCCAAAAGCCCCCAUCCCCCUCCCCUGCUCCCAAAGCUGCGCCCGAGAAGGUGCCCAGUGCGGUGCAGGCGGCUCCUCCUCUGCAGUCGGAGAUGCGGCCCGUGCCGCCGGCCGUCAGGGCCCUGCUGUACGAAGGCAUCUCCCACGACAACCAGGGCCGCCGCCUCUACCUCAGCACCCGGAGCCAGGAGCUGCCGGAGAGGCGCUACCACUUACCCAUCACCACCAGCUUCACGUACGGCUGGCAGCUGGGCCCGGUAGAGAAGCGUGAGAAGAUCUCCUGCAAGAUGUGCCGCCUCGAGUCGUUCUUCCGCAAGAACGGGGCGUUUGCCUUUCUCGAUCCCCAAGACCUGGCCCUCUGACGGGCUGGCGGGAAGGAAUAACACUGUGCUGGGGAGAAGCUGUGUGUGUGUGAUGACCUCAUCUUUGUGUGUGUGUGAGUAAUGACCUCUUCAGGUGUUUCUUUGGAGAGCCCCCAUCUCUUUCUGAGGAUCCAGCAGUUCCGUGU